AUGUCGUUAAAGAAAGAUUUAGAGUCGAAGAAAGAGGAGAAGGAAGUGGAACGCAAGAUUUCUCUCUUAGAUUUGCCUGAACCAAUUUUGGAACACAUUCUUCAGUGCCUGACGGCUGCUGAAUUGUGCAAACUAGCACAUGUGUGCUCUUCUUUGAGAGUUAGAUGUAGAAGUGAUCCUUUAUGGGAAAAGCUCAUAAUACGUAAAUGGGGGAAAUUAAUUGGUAAUGUUGCUUAUCAAGAAUGGAAAUGGCAUUUAGCUACAAGAGGGAGAGAGAAUUAUUUUAGCCAACAAGUUCAAAAUGGAUCGUUGGGAUCAGUCUCAGGUGUUUGGCCAAUUAUUUGCCUUGGAUCAUUUUUAGAACACUGCAAGCCGCCUGGUAAUUCACUGUCAGAAGAUUCAAUGAUGGCUUGGUAUUUCUAUGUUGAGAAAGGCAAAUUCUGGUUUCCUGCUCAAGUCUACAAGAGCGGUGAUUAUAUGCUUUAUUGUUACGAUGCUUUGGUCAGUUAUAAUUGUAGAUCAGAUCUAUUUAUAACCAGGUCUCAGUACUCUGGUUGGCGAGUGAUGGAAGAGAGUAUUAAGUGGGACAGAUUGCGAGUAACUCCAACUCAGAUUCCAUAUGUUCUUCAUAUUUCUGAUUGUUUGAAUGACUUGAAGCCUGGGGAUCAUAUAGAAGUCCAGUGGAGAUCAUACAAAGAUUGCCCUUAUGGUUUGUUGAUUGUUGGGUUCAUACAGUACCCUGCUGGUUCUCCGUAUAGACGAGUAGCGUUGAAGAGAGUGAACCUCGAACAAACAAGCAACAUAGGAGGUGGCUUUUAUGGUGGAAUCAGAAAGCUUCAAAGUGAUGAAGUUGAAAAGUGGAAGCAGCUUUGGCCCGCUGUCGUUUAG